AAGUUUUGUUUCUCUGGAAUCAUGUUGUAUCACAGUCGAUUUUAAAGGCAAACCGUCUUAAAACCGUUCAUCUUUUAACGGUUGAUGAUACCUUCUGGUUUAUGUGAAGAGAACGGUUUGAUCACUCCUCUCAUAAUUAGAAGAUACAGAACUGCUCAACCACGCCCUGCUACCGACUCCCUACUGCUGUGUGCCACAGCUUCAACCACAAACCAACAAGCAGCAUAAUCGAAGCUAGUGAUACUGUGAUAGAAAUAUGUCUUCCCUGGGAACUUCGAAAGGAAUCCUCGAGGUUGCGAAAUUUGCUCUAUAUGUGUCAGUUCCUAUUGUUCUAAUGUACACUUUCGCCAACAACUCUGACAAUCUCAAGAAAGUAAUGGGGAAUCGCUCUUAUGUGGUAUAUCCCCCAGAAGGUCCUCGUCCACCAUCACCAGAAGAACUUAGGGAAAUGGCUAGAGAGAUGGCUCGCAAGAACAAUAUACGCUAGUGGAUUUAUAUGGGAUUCUACGGUGUAAGUGAUUCGUGCAGUUGAAUAGUGGCCGUGUUUCUUGUUUUGUAUCUAAGGACAGUCCCAAAUACAUUCUGGAUUAUAGUUCAAAAAUAAAUCACUUAAACUGCAGAUUGUCUAGCCAUAACUUGCAUUUGAAAAUGAACAUUGGAAAUACAUGUACUUCAUAAAAUAAUUUCAUAGAAAAUGUUAAUAAUGGAGAUUUCCUCA